AUGAUCAGGUACGUUAGAGACUGUAUUUUACUGGUAAGACAUUCACUUAUGAGGAAACAAGGAAUCUCAAUUCUGGUCAAUUCAGCAACUUUCAGAAGGAAAAAUAAAAUCAAAAGGAAAGGAAGAAGAAGGGAGGAGGAAAAGGAGGGAGAAAAGGGAAGAGAAAUGCGGGAAAGAAAGAGAAAAGGGGAGGAAGAGGUAAAGGGAAAGGAAAAGGGAAAGGAAGGGAAAGGAAGGAAAAGGAAGGAAAAGGAAGGGAAAGGAAGGGAAAGGAAGGGAAAGGAAGGGAAAGGAAGGGAAAGGAAGAGAAAGAGAAAGGAAGGGAAAGGAAAGGAAAGGAAGAGAAAGGAAGGGAAAGGAAGGGAAAGGAAGGGAAAGGAAGGGAAAGGAAGAGAAAGAGAAAGGAAGGGAAAGGAAAGGAAAGGAAGAGAAAGGAAGAGAAAGGAAGGGAAAGGGAAAGAGAAAGGGAAAGGGAACGGGAACGGGAAAGGGAAAGGGAAAGGAAAAGGGAAAGGGAAAGGGAAAGGGAAAGGAGAACAUAAAGGGAAAGGGAAAGGGACAAAGAAAAGGAAAGGAAAGGGAACGGAAAACGGAAAGGGAAAGAAAAAAGGAAAGAAAAAAGGAAAGGGAAAGGAAAGGGAAAGUACCGUUGGAGAAGCAUAA